UGAAAAAAAAAAAGAUGUGAACUGACAUGGCUGAUUUUGUCGGAUAGGGAACAAUGAAUGGAUGAAAUAUCCUCUAUGACUCCAAUUACAUGAUUUUUGACAAACCAAAGCAAACCCAAAAGUUGAAGAGGUGUUGUUAGAUUAGAUUAGAAGAUUCAGCAUUCAGAAUCCAUGGCAGGUGCUAUUGUAAAGUACGGAAUCAUAGGAGUUGGAAUGAUGGGUAGAGAGCAUCUACUGAAUUUGUACCAUCUUCGCACCGAAGGUGUGGCGGUAGUGGCUAUUGCUGACCCUCAUCUUCCCUCUCAACAACUCGCCCUUGACUUAGCACACUCCUUUAGUUGGCCUCUCAAGGUUUUCUCAGGUCACCAGGAGCUGUUGGACAGUGGACUAUGUGAUGUUUUGGUGGUAUCCACUCCUAACAUGACCCAUCAUAGGAUUCUUAUGGAUAUAAUCAAUCAUUCCAAACCCCAUCAUGUACUGGUAGAAAAGCCCUUGUGCACCACAGUUUCUCACUGCAAAGAGGUUGUUCAUGCUGCCAGAAAGAGACCAGAUAUAUUGGUGCAAGUUGGACUGGAAUAUAGAUACAUGCCACCUGUUGCAAAGUUGAUAGAAAUAGUUAAGGGAGGAAACCUUGGACGUGUCAGGAUGGUAGCAAUUCGUGAGCAUCGGUUUCCUUUUUUGGUUAAGGUGAACAAUUGGAAUCGGUUCAAUAUUAACUCAGGGGGCACUCUGGUAGAGAAGUGUUGCCACUUCUUUGAUCUAAUGAGGCUGUUUGUUGGUGCAAAUCCUGUUCGUGUGAUGGCUUCUGGAGCUAUUGAUGUUAAUCACAAGGAUGAAAUAUAUGAUGGAAAGGUGCCAGAUAUCAUUGACAAUGCAUAUGUUAUAGUUGAAUUUGACAAUGGUUCUCGAGGAAUGCUUGACCUUUGUAUGUUUGCCGAGGGGAGUAAAAAUGAGCAAGAAAUAUCUGUUGUUGGUGAUAUUGGGAAGGGAGAAGCCUUUGUUCCUGAGAGUGUUGUGCGGUUUGGUGCACGAGAAGCGGGGCGAGAUGGUGUCCAGACUUUGAAAGCUGAGGAUCCCAGGAUAAAAUAUGAUGGGCUACAUCAUGGGUCUAGCUAUCUGGAACACCUUAACUUCUUGUCUGCAAUCAGAGCUAAAGGAGAAAAGGCUCCUAGUGUAGAUCUCCAAGAUGGAUUAAUAUCUGUUGCUAUUGGAGUUGCAGCACAGCUCUCUAUAGAAAAUGGUCGAUUUGUUACUAUUGAAGAAGUUAUGGAUGGACUCAAAAGUUGAGUGUUCCAACUUAGAAGUGAAAGUAGUGAUUGUCUCUUUUGUUGUGUGUUCUUUGACAUAGAAUCUGUUUCGAUACAAGUUAAAAUCGUUUUUGAAAGUUUCUUUACUGAAAAUAAAGAGUGUUUUUAUGUAAAAAAAUUCUCAAAAGCGCUUUAAGCUUGUAUCUGAGCAGGCUCAUGGGGGAUGCCAUACCUUCUUUUCUACCUCAUUAAAGGUGCUAAAUGAUUUGUGAAACUUCACAUUUCUUCCACCUAAACUUUAGUCAACUGGUAACUUUAGCUCCUAUGUUUUCUGCUACUCAUUUUCUGUAAACUGAAACAGUGGAAAGUAAGAAGUCAGCUGAAAGUUUUAGCCAAAUAAACAACAUGCAGGAAUCUUUUCUUAUGAAGAUGUGAUAUGCAUAAGCAUGUGUAGCCCGUUACUGUGUUGUUUUAGCCAAAUAAACAAGCUAGAAUUUUUCAGCAAAGUAAGUUAAAUCCAUUCUUUUGUAA